CUAGCAGGUCUGCAGGUGGUUGUGUAGUGUCAUUCCCCCUGAGUCCGCGGUGGCCAUCAGACAGUUCAGGCAAUUGUCAGGCUGGUGAGGAUCCUGACCCUGGUCCCUCGUCGACCCAGCUCGGCAAGGCCUUGGGCUGGGCGGGCCUUGGAAUCCCUGUCAACCCCAGAAGGCCGUGGGUGCCAUCGCGCUGGGAUCAUCUCGCUCAUAUUAAGCUAAUGUGGGCCGAGGCCCUGGAGGAGGCCUGAUUGGGCAGCCCCCUGCUGGAAUGAGUCGCAUUGUGCUGGGGUGGGCUCCACGAUUCCCACGGUCCGUGAGGUUCCUCCUGCGCUUCCGCCUCGACCGGCUCAUUUCCUGUCGUCGAGGCUUGCUGGCUUGCAGGAACCGCGCCUGGGCACUGAGGAACGCACGAGACUAUUUGACCGACUGCCUCCGCCUUCUCUGCCUCGCCUGGAAUCUCGCUUCCUCUCCCACCUCCAUCCAUACCAUAUCAUAUCGUAUCGUAUCGGUCGUCGCUCGUUGUCACUCUUUCCAACGUGGAAUACAGACAUAACUCGUCUUAAUACUCUAAUCCGCCAAUUAAUAUCGCCUUAUUCUCGACGGUCUUUUCGCCCAUCAGCUUUCAAUUCCACCAAAACAACAACCAACCCAAACCGCCAAAAUGAAGUUCACUGCUGGUUUCAUCGCCGUCGUCACGGCCGCUGCCCCCGCCCUGGCCAUUCAGCUCACCAACACCGCCUACGCUGUUGAGGCUGGUCAGCCCUUCACCCUGACCUGGUCCGACUCCGAGGGUCCCGUCACCAUCACCCUCAAGAACGGCGCCAGCAGCGACCUCAAGGACGUCCAGGUCAUCGCCUCCGGCAUCACCACCGACUCCUUCACCUGGACCCCUCCUUCCUCGCUCCCCAGCGACCUCUACGCCUUCGAGGUCACCGACUCCAGCGCCCAGUCGCCCAACUACAGCCCUCAGUUCCCCUUCCAGGGCAACGGCGCUGCCACCACCGCCGAGUCGAGCUCUGCCAGCUCCAGCGCGUCUGCGUCCACCACCCUGUCGUCGCUGACCAUCACCUCUACCGCCUCCGCCACCACCUCGAGCGCAAACUCCAGCGCCACCAUCUCCAGCUCCGCCAGCAGCAACGGCACCACCACCGCCUCCUCCACCUCUUCUACCCGUACCUCCACCCGUACCUCGGCUACCUCUGAGUCCACCUCCGAGUCUACCCCUGUCAACACCAACGGCAGCCAGAAGCUGGGCUCUCCCCUUGCUCUCAUCCUGGGCACUGUCGUGUCCCUGAUGAUCUUCAACUAAGGAAGCCAAUGCCGACGUCCGUCUCGUCAGAUAGGCCGAGCUACUGAAAGCCUUUUGUUUUCAUUUCGGUAGUGGUACAUAAUAGGGUUGGACAGGGGAAGGGUACAUGUGGUUCAUUUUAAUACGUCGUUCACGUUCUGCAUCAUGACCUUUUGGAACGGCCUCUGGGCCGAUGACGGUACGAUACUGCGGUGAAUUGACUAGACAUGAGAGAAAUCCAAAAAAUCAAAAAGCAUAAUAAUACACCGGGUCAUCUGGCCCACCUCAAAACCAUCACACAGACAUCUUCAGCAAUUUGUGACGCUCCCGAGUGACACCUGGGCAAUGACAUGUUUGUCAACAUGGGUUCUUCCGUGACCCCAGUACCACCACCUGCCCGCCUCCCCGUCACCCUGCCUGUAGUGGCACACCAGAGACGCAGCUCGCGGGCGGCUUGCAGUCGUCUGCAGCUAGCUGCGCACCUGCAGCUUCCCGUCACCCCUCCCUCUCCUUUGUGCUUCGCUUCGAGGCCCCCGCCAAAUCUGCAACGGCCGCGGCCGCGGCCCGGCCAGCUGCAGGCGCGCCUUACAAUGCACGUUGGGGCGCGUUUCGGUCCCCCGUCUGAGCAUUGAUACAGGAUGACAGGCCGGCGGGUCGUUCAAUGCUAGGCCAUGGGCUGGGCUGGGCUGAGUCAGGCCCCACUGCCAACUCGAGGUAACGACUAGAAAUAAUAAGAGAGGGUCGCGAGGGGGAUCGGCGGCGCACACACAUACAGUGUUGUCGGUUGGGAUUGAGUUUGUGUGGGUCCAUCACACCCAAUCCGUCUGCCAUGGCUCGAUUGAUUAGAUGGAGAUGGAUAAACCGAUGCAUUACGGGUACCGAGCCAUCCUCCUCCUCGUGGGAUAUUCUCAGUCUGUCUGCUUCAGCCGGUUGAUCGGAACGAUGCCGUUGAUCUCCGUCCCUGUAGAUUGGGAUCAGCCGCGUGUGCCUUUCUGCUUGCGCGCUUGCAGGGCCUUUCUGUCUUUUCUUUUUCCACAGCGGCGCUCCUCGGCAACUUCCAGAUCUCGGCAGGAGCCGCGCUCGUUGAUCGUCGUCGGGGACUCCGUCGUGGGAGUCGAGCGGUUGUCGAUUCGGGCGGUGAUGGGUCUAGACGACUGGCACGGGAUGGCUAGAUGAUUAAUAUAUACUCUCACAAAGCUUUGGGUGUAUUUAUAGGGAUAUGGAUGAUUUCUUUUCUUUGUUUGCUGUUGACUUUUUUCCCCCGCGCCAUCAGUCACAAGUUGCCUUGCCGUCUGAAUGUGGUAGUCUAUGUAUCUCGGAUCUCUACUGUACAACUGACUUUUCUCUUCUGGCCAGCUGACUGCAGGGCUCGCGAGUAAGCCUUGCGUACUCAUGACGCGUUCGUUCUCACAUAUUGCUUCAUGCUCAAAUUCGACAAAAUCAAGUCUAUGCGUCGGUCCGUACCUGGACUGCUGUGGCUCUUAAGCCUGUCGACCUACCAUGCGAAUUUCCCAACCAGAUCGUGGUCUUCAGGCCUCCUCAUAGCUUGGCCUUGACCGGGGCGUCAUCGGGCGUGGUCUCCGAAACCACGACGGCCACGACGCAGAUAUCAUCCACCUUGCCACCCCUCCACGUCUCCAUGGGGUAGUACUUCUUGACCUCCUUGGCAAAAGGCCCAUCCAGCUUGGUGUUGACGCUCGCAGCCUUGGCAGCCGCCGUGAUCGAGGUCGCUAUCAGGCUCUGGAGGCUCACCGCCUUUCCGCCGUCCCCGUCGCCGCCAGACGGGCCGCUCGUGUAGGCCGACAGGUCCGGCCUGACCCGGAUCCCGCCGGCGUCGCUGUGGACCCACGCGCCGCUGCGCUCCAUGGCCGCGCUCACGAUCCGCAGGAUGUCCUGGUUGAACAAGUUGUCCCACACGCCGUCGGUCGCGAAGACGAGCACGUCGCCGUGGCGCAGGCUGUGGCGCGAGACCUCGGCGUCGGCGGGCAUGUCGGCGAGCUGCGAACCGCCGAACGCGGACAUGCGCCGCAGGAUCCACGGCGGUAUUAUGGAGAGCUGGAAGGGCGUGUUGAAGGCGUGCGUCUGGGGCUCCGAGGACCCGUGCACGGCGUUGAGCCGCAGGUGUAUGUAGCCGCUGUCCCCCAGGUUCGCGACCUCGAGGGUCCCGCCGGGCUCGAGGAGCCCCACGAUGGCGGUCGACCCGCCGGCCGUGACCGCGGGGUCCGCGCAGAUGGCCUCGUAGCCCGUCUGCAUGAGGGAGCGGGCGGAGAGGGCUUGUGGCUUGCCGUUGCUAUUCGACUUGUGAGAGUAUGCUGCCUCGGCCAUGUAGUCGCAGAACCCGUGGGAAAAGUCUGCCGGGUCGACACCCGAGUCCAUCCACCCGCCGACCCCGUCUGCCACGCCGAGGGCGACGCCGCCCGUCCCGUUCAGCCGCGUGACGAAGAAGGCAUCCUGGCCGCUGUCGGGGCGGGUGCGCUUGGUGUGUUUCCGUGGAGGCUGGACCCGGUUGUAGGGGUUAAAGUGGAAGAUGUGGGUCGAGGGGUCGUACGGCCGAUCUUUCGCGAUGUAGGAGGCGGCGACGUUGUAGGUGAACUGCUUCGGCGGUUGCUGCGAGCCCAGCACCGGUGUUGUGGAGAGCUUCCUGUAUUUUGAAGGCAUCCGCGGCGGUGGCCUGAUGUGGUUUGAGGGCCGAGGCAGCCCCGAAGAGCGAGCAAUUGCUGCGGACAGGCUGGUGUUGAGCACGUUUGUAGGGCGAUAUUGGGGGGUCGCAUACAGGGCGCUUACACUGCAGGUGUGGCCGGAUUGACUGCGCGAACCUGGUCGUACAGCUGGGUGUUGCCAUUGCGCCUUGGCGGCUGGCACGAGACUGCACGCAAAGCCCGGUGGGGCCUGCUUUACUUUGAGAUGGUGUUGACAGACCGCUCACUGAUCAACAGACAACAUCAUCGACAGGAAAUCCUCGAGGGAUGCCGGGGCGAGCGGCUGGCUGGCUGGCAGGCUGGCAGGAGAGAGGACGGUGGAUGGACAGGCGGGCGGGCGGGCGACAGAGCGAGCAAGCCGACUCCAAUUGUCCGCGACCGCUUUGGUUGUCCGUCACGGAAAUCAUCAAUCUAAAGAGUCUCACCCCAGACAGCCAGACAGCCCGGCCCAGGAGUCGGGGAUGGAGAGAGCUCCAUAAUUAGCACCUGGGCUUGCUGGGCAUUAUGUCAUUAGACCCAGCAGUCGAGGCGACUUGACCGUGCAGCAAUCGCUUGCGCCGCCGUUAUCCAGCCAAUUGGCGCUGAACCGACUUGACCCGGCGAGGCCCGUUUUUCUGAGUCGAAGCAGGUGUGCUUUGUUGUUUUGCAUGUUGUGGAACAGCCACCUGCUGUUUGCACCCCUGACUGAUCCCUAUGCAACAAGGUUUGUUAAAGACAAGGUCCGAGGACGAGAAUGAG